AUGCCUCAGGGAUUUCAAAGUCAUGGGGAGAAGACAAUGUGCAGACUUAGAAAAUCCCUCUAUGGUCUCAAACAAGCUCCAAGAAAAUGGAAUGCUAAGCUGUCGGAAGCUUUGAUCAAUCUUCAGUUCAAACAAAAAACAGGACUAGGUGGUGCAAAACCUGCAGUAACACCUGUAGAUACAAAUAUAAAGCUUACAACCAAAGAGUUUGAUGACUAUAUCAAAAGUACUGAAUCUUCUGUACCAAAACAGUCUCACAUGGAAGCUGCUAUGAGAGUUGUAAGGUACAUCAAGAAUCAUCCAGGUCAAGGUGUACUUUUAUCCAGUAAGAGCAACACUGAUAUCACAGCAUACUAUGAUGCUGACUGGGAAAUAUGUCCUCACAGUAAAAGUCAGUUUCAGGCUACAUUGUGA